CCGCGCGCUAGGGCUCUGCGGCUCCAGCAGGCUGCAGGGUUCAAGGGGAGUGGAGAGGGGCUCACUGCAUUCGAGAGCAGAGGGACCCGUGGCAGCCCCAUCUUUGGUUUUUCUCCCCUUCCCUCCCCUUUCCCACCCUUGGUUCCCUACCUUCCCGAAGAAGUCCAGGGCAAGCCAACGCUCCAUGCAACUUGUUCUCCCGCGUGUUGCAAAGUAAACCAGAAACUUAGGGUGGGGUGCUUCUGUAGGAGUCUCUCUCACUCCCGCUUUGCAAGAUGCACAGGGACCCAGUCCCGGGACGGCGGCUGCUGCUGCUGCUGCUACUUGCGCUAUGUCUGGGAACUUCAGUGCAAGCGGCAAAGUCGAAGAAAAACCGGAGGCAAGCUCAGCAAAUGAUUCAGCCUCCGUCCCCGGUGGCUGUCAGCCAAAGCAAAACUGGCUGUUAUGACAAUGGAAAACACUAUCAGAUCAACCAACAAUGGGAGCGAAUUUACUUGGGCAAUCCACUGGUUUGUACCUGCUAUGGAGGCAGCCGAGGUUUUAACUGUGAGAGCAAACCUGAACCUGAAGAAACAUGCUUUGACAAAUAUACUGGAAACACCUACCGGGUCGGGGACACUUACGAACGCCCAAAGGAUUCAAUGAUUUGGGAUUGUACCUGCAUUGGGGCUGGUCGAGGGAGAAUCAGCUGUACCAUUGCAAAUCGCUGUCAUGAAGGGGGUCAGUCCUACAAAAUAGGUGAUACCUGGCGCCGACCACAUGAGACCGGAGGCUACAUGCUUGAGUGCGUUUGUCUUGGUAAUGGAAAAGGGGAAUGGACCUGCAAACCUGUAGCUGAGAGAUGCUAUGACAACACUGGUGGGACGUCCUAUGUUGUUGGAGAGACUUGGGAGAAGCCCUACCAAGGCUGGAUGAUGGUGGAUUGUACCUGUUUAGGAGAAGGCAGUGGACGCAUCACAUGUACCUCUAGAAAUAGAUGUAAUGAUCAGGACACCAAGACAUCCUACCGAAUCGGAGAUACCUGGAGCAAGAAAGACAAUCGGGGAAAUUUGCUUCAGUGUAUCUGCACUGGUAAUGGGAGGGGAGAAUGGAAAUGUGAAAGACAUUCAUCAUUGCAAACAACUGCUACAGGACCUGGCUCAGUCACAGAUGUUCGAACAGCGCUGUACCAGCCCCAGCCUCAGCCCCAGCCUGCUCCAUAUGGUCACUGUAUCACUGAUAGUGGCGUGGUCUACUCUCUGGGAAUGCAGUGGCUGAAGACCCAAGGAAACAACCAGAUGUUAUGCACAUGUCUGGGCAAUGGUGUCAGCUGCCAAGAGACCGCUGUGACUCAAACCUAUGGUGGCAAUUCCAAUGGAGAACCAUGUGUCCUGCCAUUCACGUACAAUGGCAGAACUUACUAUUCCUGCACAACUGAAGGUCGUCAAGACGGGCAUCUCUGGUGUAGCACCACUUCAAAUUAUGAACAAGACCAGAAAUAUUCUUUCUGUACAGACCAGACUGUUUUGGUUCAGACUCGAGGCGGCAACUCCAAUGGUGCCCUGUGUCACUUUCCAUUCUUGUACAACAACCGUAAUUACACCGACUGUACCUCAGAGGGACGGCGAGACAACAUGAAAUGGUGUGGAACCACCAUCAACUAUGAUGCUGAUCAGAAGUUUGGAUUCUGUCCUAUGGCUGCCCAUGAAGAGAUCUGCACUACCAACGAAGGGGUCAUGUAUCGCAUCGGAGAUCAGUGGGACAAACAGCACGACAUGGGCCACAUGAUGAGGUGCACAUGUGUAGGAAAUGGUCGUGGGGAAUGGACCUGUGUGGCGUACUCACAGCUCAGAGAUCAAUGUAUUGUCGAUGGUAUCACCUAUAAUGUGAAUGAUACAUUCCACAAGCGUCACGAAGAAGGUCACAUGCUGAAUUGCACGUGUUUUGGCCAGGGCCGUGGAAGAUGGAAAUGUGAUCCUAUUGACCAAUGCCAGGAUUCAGAAACCCGUACAUUCUACCAGAUUGGGGAUUCAUGGGAGAAAUACGUUCAUGGUGUUAGAUAUCAGUGCUACUGUUAUGGCCGGGGCAUUGGAGAGUGGCAUUGCCAACCUCUGCAGACCUAUCCAGGUACAUCUGGUCCAGUCCAAGUAAUCAUCACUGAAAGCCCCAAUCAGCCCAACUCUCAUCCUAUCCAGUGGAAUGCACCUGAGCCAUCUCACAUUUCCAAGUACAUUCUCAGAUGGAAGCCUAAAAAUUCUCCAGGUCGUUGGAAAGAGGCAACUAUUCCUGGUCACUUAAAUUCUUACACGAUCAAAGGUCUACGGCCUGGUGUGAUCUAUGAGGGACAGCUUAUCAGUGUACAACAGUACGGACACAAGGAAGUCACUCGCUUUGACUUCACUACCACCAGCGCCAGCCCUGCUGUAUCCACCAACACAGUCACAGGAGAGACAACGCCGUUUUCUCCUGUUGUUGCCACUUCGGAAUCUGUUACGGAAAUCACAGCCAGCAGCUUUGUGGUCUCGUGGGUCUCAGCCUCUGACACUGUCUCUGGAUUCCGGGUGGAGUACGAGCUGAGUGAGGAGGGGGAUGAACCACAAUACCUUGAUCUUCCAAGCACAGCCACCUCUGUUAACAUCCCUGACUUGCUUCCUGGACGCAAAUACAUUGUAAAUGUCUAUCAGAUCUCUGAAGAAGGAGAACAAAAUCUGAUCCUGUCCACCUCACAGACAACAGCACCCGAUGCUCCUCCUGAUCCUGCAGUAGACAGAGUAGAUGACACCUCAAUUGUCAUUCGCUGGAGCAGACCACAGGCCCCCAUCACAGGUUACAGAAUAGUUUAUACUCCAUCAGUUGAAGGAAGCAGCACAGAACUCAAUCUCCCAGAAACGGCUAAUUCUGUAACUCUUAGUGACUUGCAGCCUGGGGUUCAAUAUAACAUCACUAUUUAUGCUGUGGAAGAAAAUCAAGAGAGUACCCCUGUCUUCAUUCAGCAAGAAACCACCGGAGUCCAGCGUCCAGACAAAGUUCCUCCCCCUACGGACCUGCAGUUUGUGGAAGUGACAGAUGUCAAAGUCACCAUCAUGUGGACCCCCCCUGAAAGUGCUGUGACUGGCUACCGGGUGGAUGUCGUCCCUGUCAAUCUCCCUGGGGAGCAUGGACAGAGGCUGCCGGUCAGCAGGAGUACCUUUGCUGAGGUCACUGGGCUCUCCCCUGGAGUCACCUACUACUUCAAGGUCUUUGCAGUGAACCAUGGAAAGGAGAGCAGGCCAUUGACAGGAGAACAGACCACCAAACUGGAUGCUCCUACUAACUUAAGGUUUGUUAAUGAGACUGACACCACUGUCUUGGUUAUCUGGACUCCGCCUCGUGCCAGGAUAACGGGAUAUCGACUGACUGUGAGCCCUACGAGAGGAAACCAACCUAAGCAGUAUAAUGUGGGGCCAUCUGUCACCCAGCAUCCAUUGAGAAAUCUGCAGCCAGGAUCUGAGUACACUGUUUCCUUGGUAGCCGUCAAAGGCAAUCAACAGAGUCCUAAGCAAACUGGAAUCUUCACUACCUUGCAACCUGCCAGUUCCAUUCCUCAUUACAACACAGAGGUGACCGAAACAACAAUUAUCAUCACCUGGACCCCGGCUCCAAGAAUCGGUUUCAAGUUGGGUGUGCGACCAAGUCAAGGUGGAGAAGCUCCCCGUGAGGUGACUUCGGAGUCCGGAAGCAUUGUUGUGUCUGGCCUGACUCCAGGGGUGGAAUAUGUAUAUACCGUUUCAGUCCUACGAGAUGGUCAAGAGAGAGACACUCCAAUUGUAAAGAAAGUGGUUACACCAUUGUCUCCACCAACCAAUCUCCACUUGGAUGCAAACCCUGACACUGGAAUCCUAACUGUCUCCUGGGAAAGAAGCACCACCCCAGACAUCUCUGGGUACAGAAUAACCACAACACCUACAAAUGGCCGAGAGGGCUAUUCUCUGGAAGAAGUGGUCCAUGGAGAUCAGAGUUCCUGCACUUUUGAAAACCUGAGUCCUGGCCUGGAGUACAAUGUCAGUGUGUAUACUGUCAAAGGUGACAAGGAAAGUGUCCCCAUCUCCGAUACCAUCAUCCCAGCCGUCCCUCCUCCCACUGACCUGCGAUUCACCAAUGUUGGCCCAGACACCAUGCGUGUGACCUGGGCUCCACCACCAUCUAUUGAACUGACCAACCUAUUGGUACGAUAUUCACCUGUGAAAAACGAGGAAGAUGUCGCAGAGUUGACCAUUUCCCCUUCAGAUAACAUGGUGGUUCUAACAAAUCUCCUUCCUGGUACUGAUUACUUGGUCAGCGUUUCCAGCGUUUAUGAACAACAUGAGAGCAUCCCUCUUAAAGGAAGGCAGAAAACAGGUCUUGAUUCCCCAACUGGCAUUGACUUUUCUGAUAUCACUGCCAACUCCUUCACUGUCCAUUGGAUGUCUCCACGAGCCCCCAACACUGGCUACAAGAUUCGCCACCAUCCUGAACAUGGUAGUGGAAGACCUCGUGAGGACCGGGUACCCCCAUCAAGGAACUCCAUCACACUUACUAACCUGAAUCCAGGCACAGAAUAUAUCAUCAGCAUCGUAUCUGUCAAUGGUAGAGAGGAAAGCGCCCCCUUGGUUGGCCAACAGGCAACAGUUUCUGAUGUUCCAAGGGACCUUGAAGUUAUUGCUACUACCCCAACUAGCCUGCUUAUUAGUUGGGAUGCACCUGCGGUAACUGUCAGAUAUUACAGAAUCACCUAUGGUGAAACAGGAGAAAAUAGCCCUGUGCAGGAGUUCACUGUGCCUGGUACCAAAUCUACAGCCACCAUCACUGGCCUUAAGCCUGGAGUAGAUUAUACCAUCACUGUGUAUGCAGUAACCGGUCGUGGAGACAGUCCAGCCAGCAGCAAACCCGUGACCAUUUCAUACCGAACAGAAAUUGAUAAGCCAUCCCAAAUGCAGGUGACUGAUGUGCAGGAUAACAGCAUCAGUGUGAGGUGGCUGCCUUCAAAUUCCCCAGUUACUGGUUACAGAGUGACCACUGCUCCCAAAAAUGGCCCCGGACCAUCGAAAACGAAAAUGACAGGCCCAGAUCAAACAGAAAUGACCAUUGAGGGACUACAGCCCACAGUGGAGUAUGUGGUUAGCGUCUAUGCUCAGAAUCAAAAUGGAGAGAGUCAGCCUCUGGUUCAGACAGCAGUCACGAACAUUGAUCGCCCUAAAGGACUGGCAUUCACUGAUGUGGAUGUCGAUUCCAUCAAAAUUGCUUGGGAAAGCCCACAGGGGCAAGUUUCCAGGUAUAGGGUGACCUACUCAAGCCCUGAGGAUGGAAUCCAUGAGCUAUUUCCCGCCCCUGAUGGUGAAGAAGACACAGCAGAACUGCAGGGCCUCAGGCCGGGGUCUGAGUACACAGUCAGUGUUGUUGCCUUGCACGAUGAUAUGGAGAGCCAGCCCCUGAUUGGAACCCAGUCCACAGCUAUUCCUUCACCAACCAACCUGAAGUUCACUCAGGUUACUCCAACCAGCUUGACAGCACAAUGGACAGCACCCAAUGUUCAACUGACUGGAUACAGAGUGCGAGUGACGCCCAAGGAGAAGACAGGACCAAUGAAGGAAAUCAACCUUUCUCCAGAUAGCACCUCAGUUGUGGUGUCAGGACUAAUGGUGGCAACUAAAUAUGAAGUCAGCGUCUAUGCUCUUAAGGAUACUCUGACCAGCAGGCCAGCACAGGGUGUAGUUACUACUUUGGAGAAUGUCAGUCCUCCACGUAGGGCCCGUGUGACAGAUGCCACAGAGACCACCAUCACCAUCAACUGGAGAACCAAAACAGAGACUAUCACAGGCUUCCAGGUGGAUGCUAUCCCAUCCAAUGGUCAGAGUCCUGUUCAGAGAACCAUCAGCCCUGAUGUCAGAAGCUAUACCAUCACUGGUUUACAACCAGGCACUGAUUACAAGAUCUAUCUCUACACCCUAAAUGACAAUGCUCGAAGCUCACCCGUGGUGAUUGAUGCUUCAACUGCUGUUGACGCACCAUCCAACCUGCGGUUCCUCACAACCACACCUAAUUCACUGCUGGUGGCAUGGCAGCCACCCCGAGCUCGGAUCACCGGCUACAUCAUCAAGUAUGAGAAACCUGGGUCACCUCCCCGAGAGGUGGUCCCUCGCCCUCGUCCUGGGGUCACAGAGGCCACUAUCACUGGUCUGGAACCAGGUACUGAGUAUACCAUCUAUGUCAUUGCCUUGAAGAACAAUCAAAAGAGUGAACCAUUGAUUGGAAGAAAAAAGACAGAUGAGCUUCCCCAACUGGUAACCCUUCCACACCCUAAUGGACCAGAGAUCUUGGAUGUUCCCUCCACAGUUCAAAAGACCCCUUUCAUCACAAAUCCUGGGUAUGACAAUGGAAAUGGUAUACAGCUUCCAGGCACUACCGGCCAGCAACCUAGUGUUGGGCAACAAAUGAUCUUUGAGGAACAUGGCUUUAGGCGGACUACACCACCCACAGCAGCAACCCCCAUAAGGCAUAGGCCAAGACCAUUCCCACCGAAUGUAGAUGAGGAGAUUCAGAUUGCUAACAUCCCCAGGGGGGAUGCAGAUCAUCUUCCAUAUCCUCAUGUUCUUGGGCUCAAUCCAAAUGCCUCUACAGGACAAGAAGCUCUCUCUCAGACUACCAUCUCUUGGACACCAUUCCAGGAAAGUUCUGAAUAUAUCAUUUCAUGCCAUCCCAUUGGCAUCGAUGAAGAACCUUUACAGUUCAGAGUUCCUGGAACUUCAGCUAGUGCCACACUGACCGGCCUUACCAGAGGGGCUACCUACAACAUCAUAGUAGAGGCACUGAAAAACCAGAGAAGACACAAAGUUCGGGAAGAGAUGGUCACAGUGGGCAACUCUGUUAAUGAAGGAUUGACCCAACCUACAGAUGACACAUGUUUUGAUCCAUUCACUGUCUCUCACUAUUCCAUCGGAGAGGAAUGGGAGCGAUUAUCUGACUCUGGCUUUAAACUCUGGUGCCAAUGCUUAGGUUUUGGCAGCGGUCAUUUCAGAUGUGAUUCAUCUAAAUGGUGCCAUGACAAUGGCGUGAACUACAAGAUUGGCGACAAGUGGGAUCGCCAAGGAGAGAAUGGACAGAUGAUGAGCUGCACCUGUCUUGGAAAUGGAAAAGGAGAAUUCAAGUGUGAUCCUCAUGAGGCCACGUGUUAUGAUGAUGGUAAGACAUACCACGUAGGGGAACAGUGGCAAAAGGAGUACCUUGGAGCCAUCUGCUCUUGCACAUGUUUUGGUGGCCAGCAGGGCUGGCGCUGUGACAACUGCCGCAGGCCUGGGGUAGAGCCGGCACCUGAAGGCUCAGCAGGCCACUCCUACUCUCAGUAUUCUCAGAGAUAUCAUCAGAGAACAAAUACUAAUGUCAACUGCCCAAUUGAGUGUUUCAUGCCUUUGGAUGUACAGGCAGACACAGAAAAUUCACGAGAUUCCCGAGAAAAGUAAUAUUCUACAGCCCUGAAGAGCAAGCAACUUUCCGCUGAGACACCGUCCAAACUGGAGUGAUGCUAGCAAACCCAUCUUUCAGGGUAAACAUUCAAAAGCCUUCUGCUCUGGAGCAACUUCCCCGGCUUAAGCUCAGCUCACAGCUUCUACCAGCAUCACCCUUGGAGUGUUUUAAGACUUUUCUCCUUCACGAUUGGCAGCGGGGCACUGUCAGCUCUGCCCUUUAGUGUUCCGUACCGCUCAGUAUUUUAAACGCAUUGAUUUCGACUCCUGAUUUGGUUGAGGAUAAGUAGGUCAAUUAUAGGGAAGCAUCUGAAACCAACCAAACUGCUGUGAACGGAAAUGACAUAUCGAAAUUUAGAAAUAGGAAAGUCACCAAACACUUCUGCUGUCACUUAACUGUGCGGCCUGUAAUCCUGGAGGCCCUGCAUCUCCCUGUCACUGUGAUAUUUAAAAUAUGCACAGUCCUAAUUUUGUUUCCUAAAUGAUUCUAGUAAUUUCCUAGCAAUAGCUCUAUCUUACCUGUUAUUUAUCAGUUUCCCCCCCAGGGUUUUUUUUAAAUAUGGAAAAAUAAAAUUGUAUUGGAGACACUUAGUACACAGUUGACAAGUGGAAUUUGGUGUAAUGAUGGUUGGUGAUUAUUUUUUAUACUGUAAGUGCCAAAGCUUUACUACUGUGGAAAGACAACUCUUUUAAUAAAAGAUUUACAAACCAGA